AUGGAACCUGCUAUUGGAAAAUCGAAGCCUAAUAGUGGAGCAGAGCUAACCGAAAAUGAACAAAAAUUUAUUGAGUUCAUCAAGAAAAAACCUAAAGGGGUGACUAUGUCCGAAAUAUCGCAAGAAUUUUCAGACUUGGAAAAGAAAGAGCAAGCAAUCCUCAUAAACAAAUUGUCAUCAACUUCGCGAAUUACUUUUGUAACCAGAGGGAAAAAUCAAUUGAUAUUGCUUAACAAUGCCGUAGUAGGAAGUUCUCUGAAAGGUAGCGAUAACGAGGAGAAAGUAGUAUACGCUAUAAUACAGCAAGGAGGAAACAAAGGGGUUUGGGUUAGAGAUAUACGAAAACAAUGUCAAUUAUAUGAUACAAAACUUGAUAAAGUAUUAAAGAGUUUAGACUCGAAAAAACUUAUCAAAGAAAUAAAAUCAAUUGCUGCCGGCGGUAAGAAAAAAUUGUACAUGUUGUAUAACUUGGAGCCACAUAGAUCUGUCACCGGAGGAGCGUUUUAUCAAGGUCGUGAUUUUGAAACUGAGUAUGUUGAUAUUUUGACCCAACAAUCUCAUUUAUUUUUAUCUAAAAAGCGAGAAGAAGCUGAAAAGUUGGAUAUCGGUCCACUUGCAUUGAGAAAAAUGUCUUAUGUUUCUCAUAAAGAAGUAGCUAAGUAUAUCUCUGAUUUAAACGUGAGCAAGGUAGAAUUGAGCGAAGUAGAAGUAAUUUCCCUUUUAAAUUCACUGUACUAUGAUGGGAAAGUUGACAGAAGCGUUAAUGGUAAUGGUGAUAUUAUAUAUGGUGCUAUUCCAUAUUUAACCCCUACGCCAGGACUGAUGAAAACUCCGUGUGGAUUUUGUCCCGUUCGAAGGAAUUGUAAUGAUCUAGGAGAUGUAACUCCAUUAAAAUGUUCAUACUUUAAUGAAUGGCUUGAUAUGGGUUCCUAG